CUACCUACUGAAAGCCCACAUUUGGACUGUCCGGAGACACUCUGACGGAGAGCACAUUUUGGGGACCCACUUGACGUGUUGUGGUCUUGGUUGCCUGAUCCUUCUUCCAUCUGCGGAUCGUGGUCCCUGUAACAGCAGGGGGAUCAGCCUCCCUCUUUCCUCUGGAGGAUCGCCCUUCUAGAGACUCUGAGGAACAAUGGAAGUCUUCUUGGGGUUUCUCAAACUGGAAGUGAAUGGCCCCAUGCUGACAGUGGCCCUCUCAGUGAUCCUCUUGGCUUUCCUGAAAUGGUACUCCACAUCAGCGUUUUCAAGACUGGAGAAGCUGGGCAUCAGACAUCCCGAGCCUUCUCCUUUUAUUGGAAACUUGACAUUUUUCCACCAGGGUUUCUGGGAAAGCCAAAUGGAGCUCAGGAAGCUAUAUGGACCUCUGUGUGGGUACUAUCUUGGUCGCCGGAUGUUUAUUGUUAUCUCUGAGCCAGACAUGAUCGAGCAGGUGUUGGUUGAGAACUUCCAUAACUUUACCAACAGAAUGGUGUCAGGUUUGGAGUCCAAACCAGUAAUGGACAGCAUCCUGUUUUUACGUGACAGAAGAUGGGAAGAGGUCAGAAGUGUCCUGACUUCGGCUUUCAGUCCUGAAAAGCUGAAUAAGAUGAUGCCCCUAAUCAGCCAAGCCUGCGAUCUGCUCCUGGCUCACUUAAAACGCUAUGCGGAAUCUGGGGACGCUUUCGACAUCCAGAGGUGUUACACCUGCUACACCACGGAUGUGGUUGCCAGUGUCGCCUUUGGCACCCAGGUGGACUCCCGAAGGGCCCCCGAGCACCCCUUUGUGAUGCACUGCAGGCGCUUCUUUGCAUUCUCCAUCCCCAGGCCUGUCCUGGUCCUGAUCUUAUCAUUUCCAUCCAUAAUGGUCCCACUGGCCCGGAUUUUGCCCAAUAAGAACCGAGAUGAACUGAAUGGCUUUUUUAACAAACUCAUUAGGAAUGUGAUUGCCUUGCGGGACCAGCAAGCGGCAGAAGAGAGGCGGAGAGAUUUCCUCCAACUGAUCCUGGAUGCCCGACAUUCUGCCACCUCUGUGGGGGUGGACAGCUUUGAUAUGGUCAGACAAAUCUUCUCCUCCACCGACUGUGCCGCGGGUCCCUCCCAGCCACACCAGCCCGGCCGCCUGUCCAAGCCACUGACUGUGGACGAGGUUGUAGGCCAGGCCUUCAUCUUCCUCAUCGCUGGCUACGAGAUCAUCACCAACACGCUCUCUUUUGCCACCUACCUCCUGGCCACCAACCCUGACUGCCAAGAGAAGCUUCUGACAGAGGUGGACGGCUUUAAUGAGAAAUACGUGAGUACAGUCAUCCAUGCGAAAUCCGCAGGACACAUGAUUUUGUGUUGGUAGAAGUGAAACUUAAUGAUAUUGAUAACUUCCUCGCGAAAACCACAUUCUAAGUUUAUAAGAUGAAAUUGGGCUGUUUUGCACACAUUCUCCACCUCUCUGGGUUAGGAAGUAAAAGGACGUGUUCAG